UUAAGCCGAAAACAGAUCAGUGGCAUUCAUUUAGCUGCGCCUCAUAAUCACAACAGUAGCAUCAAACUGCAAUUGCAGCUAUGGUGAUGCUUAUGAGCAGCACCUCAUCCUUUUCUCUCCUCCCACUCAACUCAAACCCCUCUACAUCUACCACUGCCGCUGUCGUCGGCAACUCACCCGCCGUUCUUCAUAGUGUCAACUGUUGUACAGAUUAUCUAUUUAGGAUCGUUUCUGGCCAUCGGAUAAGACAAGUGGCUGUACGGAAUAGCAAUCGAACGGCUGAGGUUACUUCAUCCUCUGAUUCUGUAACUGAUUUAGAGUCGGCGGCGAGUGUGGUGAGGAAAUUCUAUGCCGGAAUAAAUAGGCGGGAUUUGGACUCUGUCGAAGAACUUAUUGCUGAGGAUUGUGUGUAUGAAGACCUUGUAUUUCCUCAACCUUUCGUUGGCCGUAAGGCAAUUCUAGAUUUUUUCAAGAAGUUCACUGAUUCAGUUGGUUCUGAUCUGCAAUUUGUUAUUGACGAUAUAUCCAAGGAGGAUUCAUCAGCUGUUGGAGUCACAUGGCACUUGGAAUGGAGGGGAAGACCUUUUCCUUUUAGCAAAGGAUGCAGCUUUUAUCGAUUGGAAGUGGUGAAUGGCCAGAUGAAAAUACUUUAUGGCAGAGACAGUGUGGAACCUGCAGUCAAGCCGGGGGAGACGGCAUUGGUUGCGAUAAGAGGCGUGGCAUGGCUGUUGCAAAAAUUUCCCCAAUUGGCAGAUCGGUUGUGAUUGAAGAAGUAUGAUUGGUCUUAUAAGAUUGAAGUUAAUUUAUGAGGGGAAAAAAAAUCAGUAUAUACAUGUCAUUACUUGUAAUGUAAGCCUGAAAGGCUUUACUAGUAUGUACAUAAUGAAUUUGUGCAUAGUUACUUGAUAAAAAUAUUCAUUUCCACCUUGUAUGUCAUGGUGAAUAAAUUAAAUUUUACUAUUCAGAUUUACAGUAAUAUUUUAGGGAGAAGUGCACAAAUA